ACACCCCACACACAGUUGAUCAUAUUCCAAAUUUUUCGCUUUGCUUUUCACUCCCUCACGAUGCAUAAGUGCACCACGAGCAAGUGGGCCUGUAAGGGUGCCAAGGAAACGGUGCCGGAAUGCUUCUUCGACUGUAAGAGCGACACGGAGGGUGAGAAUGAUGCUGGGGCUGAUGGCCAGGUGGUCAGCAAUCGGCAGGAUCCUGUCCAGCUGCGUGCCGUUUUGGAGCGUGCUCUGCACGCCACCCAGAAGCUGCUCAGUUGCUAUGGUUCGUCCGUGGCACCCACCACUGUGCGUAGACUGCCGCCACGCGAGGUGCUGUACUAUCCAGCCACGCUGGAGGUAUCGGUGACCCUCAACACGGAGGAGACGUGCAGAUGCCCCAAGCACUGCCAGUGCAGACUACGCGGCGGUCCGGUGAAACUCAAGCUGCCCAUCGAGCUGAAUCCCGAGAGCGGCCAAGUGAAGGUGAACGUCUUCCGGCCCACGCCUGGCAUCAGUGAUGGCCGUCAAGGUGGCGCUGGCGUGCCCGACGCUGCUGGCGACAGUUGCAAGUCCAAGAAGCGAAGGUCUUCCUCCUCCGUGCGCAAAGUGCGCUGGUCCAAGGAGGAGCCGCGAGCAGAUGGCUAAGAAAGCAAAAGAAAUCAAAAUGUUGAACCUUUG